AUGUUUCCAUGGAUAACGUUUUGGAGCGUGAUUCUUCAUUUGGUGCUAGGAUUUUGCUCGAAUUCUUAUUCGUUCAGGGUAUAUGGGAACUUCCGGUUCACUGAUCACCUUGGUGGCUGUGGACCACGGCGCAUGUCUAGUGCGGAAAACACCCAUGUUGAAGAUGACUAUUCGGCACCUUACCUCGUUGUGCAGCCUCCUGUUACGGCGGUGUGGCACUUUUUGAGCGAGUACCUGGUACCGCCUUUCCACUCAUCUUCUGUAGAUGGAAAACACACUCUCCCAUCCGUACUGCUAAGUUGCAGUGGAGGGCAGGAUUCGAUGGCAAUGCUACAUGCUUUGGGCUUUAUUAAGAAGUAUUCAGCUGUAUUUGUUAAGUUCGCCGUCUGGCGUAAGCUGCAAGGCAUAAAGGGAAAUGUAGACCACGCAUCGUUGCAUGACACCCUGCUCAGGUUGCUUUCCAAGGUGCACGUGGUAUACUUUGACCACCGCACGCGGCCAGAUAUAGACCAAGAUAUUGCCGUGAUACGGGCUGCUUGUGAACAAUACGGAUUUGACUUCAAUGUGGAAGUCGCCGAGGGAAAGAUAGUUGACUUGGCGCAUGAUGAGGGUAGCGGUAAUUUUCAGAAAGUUGCGAGAGACUGGCGUCGCGCGGCAUAUAAGCGGCUCACAAAAGAGUUUUCGGUAGCGGUGACCGGUGGUUACUCUGGAGUCAAUUACCGGGAAAAUGCUGAGAGUGCACAGAUUUUCGACAGACAAACGCUGACGAUAAAAUCGGAAUCCGUCGCGGAUACAAACGCGCUACGGCAGUAUAUCAACCGAUCUACCCGUGGUGUAGUUCUGUUAGCCCAUCAUGCAAACGAUAACGUCGAGACAUUUCUCUUUAAAUUGCUUCGGGGUGUACACAUAAGUAAUAUAAGUGGAAUGGAACCGAUGUGUUACCUGGACGGUGACGAGGAUGUUGUAUUGGCCCGUCCAUUUUUGCACUUAACCAAGAAUACCCUAGGUAGCUUUUUGCAGAAUAUCGGUGGAACGUAUCACGAAGAUUCCUCCAAUAGCAGGCCCAAAUACCUUCGUAAUCGCAUCAGACACUCUGUAUUGCCCGAAUUGCUCAAGGCUACGUCGACUGAUGACAGACCAGAUGGUGCUUUGGGAGCAUUAGAUAAGCGGUUCCGCACGAUGGAAGCUCAAAGUCGCACCCUUAAAGGUCUUCUAGAUUUCGAAACGUAUAUGUUCGGCUGCUAUAUUUCUUCGAAGUACAAACUCCCAAAUUUUUUUGCGAAGCCUAAAGAUGCUAGCCGCGUUGUUGGCAAGAGGGGCCCUACGCAGUUGUCGCAGCUGGAAAGAUUGUAUAGCGGAUUUUAUGAUCAACUAUACAGAGCUGCUAACAAUGGUCGAGGGGGCAAGCAAACACGCAAAUACAUACAGAUGCUUCAGUUUUUGCGCGGCAUAGGUUUUCCCAUUAAGGAUGUCUUGCUAGUCAAUGAGUGGCUGUCGGUACAGAGCGAAAUAGUUCGCAAAGAUAUUCUCUAUAAGUUUUGCCUGAGGGCUACCGGAGACGGUGAUUCGGUAGAUCACAACGUUUUGGAGCGUUUGACUACUUUUUGGGAGAAUGAACCGGUAUCGGACAAUCUAAAGAUACAUGUUUUACGCGGUGACAAGGCUAUGUACCACCAGGGCAGCGUUGUCAAAAUAUCAAGGCCUACUACGUUCGAAAAGUCUGCCACAGAAGGUAGAUUAUACGACGACGGUUAUUGCAGCUUUCGUGUUUUCGACAAUUUCAACAUGCUUAUAAAACCAGUUCAUGAUAUUGAAUCACCCGCUGGCUUUCACCUUAAGUUAUCUGUGCCUAUAGCAGGCGUAGGAAGCAAUGCGCCUGCAUUCGAUAUUCGUCAAAUUCGUGAUGACGAUGUGGUGCCGUGUGACUCUCUAUGGAAUCGCACAGCAUCUUCUGUUCUAGCAAAAAUGAAGUUUCCACAAAUUUUACGGGACGAAUUGCCUGUUGUGGCGUUACGAGAUAGCAACCAUGUUGUUUGCUUUUACGGGUUAAACAUAUUGCCUCCUUACUAUGUGUCGGUACCUCAGCACGUCACUGUCUCGUUCAGCAAGGAAGCUGCGGUUUCCUGGGAAUGUAAGGAUUACAUUCUCAGACUUUCAAGUGAUGAUAAAUGA